AUGAGGCAUCUCCAGGUACUUGCCCUGGCGGCUGUGGCCUGCCUCACCGCUGGACAAGCCUUGGACCGACAAGUGCUGAGCACCUUCAUCUUCACGACCUAUGGCGACCGAACUCCUAUGGCAAUGAAAGAUGUGACGCCGCAGCUCACACCUUAUGGCGCAAACCAGAUGUACAAUGCUGGUGCGACGUUUCGGUCGCACUAUAUCAAUGCUCUCUCUCUCGAUGGCGACAACGAGGAUGACCUCUACUCGAGCAUCCGCGGCAUCUCGCAAUACCACCUGAACCCAGACCAGAUUACAGUCUUGUCUCGCGAUGAGCAGUAUAUCAGCGCCGGUGCUUCGGCGUUCAUGCAGGGUCUAUACCCGUCGCUAGAGCAGCUCAACAACUACACCUUCAUAGUCGGCCAAUCAGCCAUGGCUGACGGCUCGAAUGCUGUGUCGCCGCUCAAUGGCUACCAGUACCCGCGAAUCCAGACUGUGAGCGAGAUGGACCUGAAUCACAUCUGGUUGGACGGCUCGGCCAAUUGCCCAUCUUACACAAAAUCUGGCGCAUCGUACUUCUCUGGCGAGGACUAUAAGACUAUCCAGCAGCAGACCCUCCCCUUCUACCAGUCUUUGAUCCCCGGUAUCCUGUCUGGAAAUAUUGAAGACAGCGAUGUAGGAUACUUCGAUGCCUGGACCGUAUACGACUAUCUGCAAUACAUGUAUAGACACAAUCAGACCGUAGCGUCCGAGCUGUCGCUCACCGAUCUCACGCGAGCACAGAUUCUGGCCACGAACUGGGUAUUCGCCAUGAACGGAAAUACCUCUUCUUCAGGGGUGGAAAAGGGCGAUCAAGUUGGUGUCAUCUCUGGAAGGAGCGUGGCAAGUCGUGUCAUUCAAGCAUUCCAGAACACGAUCUAUACACAGGGCAGUGAAGACAAGAUGACUCUGCUCUUCGGAUCAUUCGAACCCAUCAUCGCAUUCACAGCCUUGGCGGGUCUGAACGUCGAACAGCACACCGAGUUCCUCAAUAUCCCACCCCAAGGAGCCAGUAUGGUCUUCGAACUUUUCUCCCUGACUAGCGGAAGCGACUUUGGUGCAUACCCCGACUCCUCUGAACUCUUCGUCCGCUUCCUCUACCAGAACGGCACGGGCUCAGAUGCCACUCUGGUUCCUUACCCACUUUUUGGACACUCCCCGUCUAUCUCCGAUCUCCCGCUUGCAGACUUCAUCAGCGCCAUGCAACGCAUCGCCGUCCCUUCCGUGUCCGCGUGGUGCACGAUCUGCGACUCGUACAGCAUCUUCUGCCCCGCUUUCUCCGAGAGCGCGGCCUCCAACAACAACAGUGGAUCUCAUAGCGGCAAGCUGAGUCCUGCGCUCGCGGGCGUGGUGGGCGCGAUUGUCGCGCUCGUGGUAGCGCUGCUGGUGGCUUUGAUCCUGUUCUUCCUUCUGGGAUGUCGCGUCCAUCGCGUGAACCGCGGUCGGAGAUCCGAUCUGGGCGGUUUCAAAGGCGCAGAAAAGCUAGCGUCCGAUCGGGAUUUGACUAUCCCGAAAGGUGCAGGUGCGGAAGUCAGCGUGCAGCAGACGGAUGAGCCUAUGAGUCCCAUGGAAGGCCAAAGAGGCCACGAGAGGGUGGGCAGCUGGGAGCUACGGGAGGCGCAGAAGGAUACGGGUGUGGCAGCACCGGGAAAGGCAUAUGGAUUGGGAGGAAGACGGCCAAGUUACGAAGAUGAUGAUGAUGAGAUCAAUGUCAAUCCGUUCAGCAAAGGUGUGAGGCCUGAUGAGCGGGUUUGA